GGUUUUCUUUUGCACACUGUUAGCACGGCGGUCACUGCAGAUCACUUUACAGGUGUCAUAGGCUGCAAAUGGUGCUUCUUCGCAAAUAUAAAAAAAAAUAUCUAAAUAAAUGCUCGCGAACUUUUAUCCCACCCCCUCUAUGCCCUCCUCCUCCUUGUCGGCGAGGGCGAGUAAAAAAAGAAACAAAAAGUGUCGUCUUAUAAAAGGCCGUCGAGUGCCCUUUGAACACUGACAAGACCGGUUUGCUUGUGUUGUGGCCGCGGAGAGUUUGGUGUCUUCACCACCACGGCAACUGUGUUUCUGCCGGCCUGUGGCCGCUAGUAACGGCAAAACGGUGAACUCUGCCGCAACUAUGAAGUCGUCUUCGGCGAUCGUCGUGCUGUGCCUCAUGGCAGCGACGCUGCUCGUUGAUCCGUGCCUCGGACUUCGACAUCCCAGGACCAGAUAUCAGUACUUCGACGAUUAUCUGCGACACAUGGAUUCCGAGCAGCAGGCGAUCAUUUCAGACGAAGCGGCGUCCACAACAGCGGACGACAGCGAAGACGACGGUGGCGCCACAACGACGCCCGCAACAACUACAACAGGCUGGCAGAACCAGCGGGACAUCACGUGCUGCAUGCUGGGCCAGAUCGCGGGCGACAAGGGAUACCACUGCUUCGCCAAGUUCUACGCGGCGCGUCUCCUGAUGCGCAACCGGAACCGGGCCCACAACCGCAAGAUGAGCUUCUACGGCCGCAACAGGAUCCCCGACUACGGCCGCAAGGUCAUGCGCACAUUCGAGCAGUGCGUGGUGGGCGACCGGGGAGUCAUCUUCCACAAGUGCUGCCACCUGGUGGCCGUCGAGAGGCGGGACCGGAUUCGUUACAACACCACCCACCAGGCGGAGCCCUCGACUUCCGGCGAAGCGGCGACGACCAACAUCACCUCCGGUGCCACGGUCGAGCACCACCAUCAGCACCAUCAUCAUCAGUGAUAUUUUGCACCCGCCACAUUGCAGACAAACCCAAACGCAUGCACAUUUGCCCCCACCCCCCCUCUCCACAAAUACUUCACCCCAACACCGUCUCAACGGUGUUUGGAAGUUUCUCCAUUUGAUUGGACGUAGUACUCAUGUACGGUUCGCGCGUGAAGUCAUGGCACCAUGCUGGUGGUCAUCCCCGAUUGUUCCCGUGGAGAAAAGCUAAUUCGAUGGUGCGAAAUGUAUGCCACAGAAGCUGUCCUAGCAGCAGCAAGGCCGUCACAACAGUCGCUGGCGUGACGCAAUGCAAGCCAUGCAUACUUUUUCAUCAUCUAGUUGAAAAAUAGCCUCCUGGAAGCCUCAGAUGUACAGACGCGACGCUUCGCUACGGUUCCUGGUACGCGCCUCCGGCCGGUCUGUGUACCGCGUCCAAAAGAGUGGUCCCUCGAUUUCCGCCUGAUGACGUCAUAGGUGCGUCAUACUGUCGCCGGUCACGAUUCUGGCGAUGUCACAACAGCUGUGAUGGAUGUGGCAGGCGGAUGUUCCGCUGCAGACCGCUCUCCAGCUUGGCAGCCCACGGAUGCUUGGGACAGCGACACUCGCGUUCGCCCUUCCUUUUUGCCGCAAUUUCUCUAGCCAACCACAAGGAUCGCGACAUACGACAGCGUGACAUUUCGGCUUUUGGUACAUCAUUCGUUGCCACUUCGGGACAUCUAUCGAUGCGUAGGCAGAAAAAUGGGACGCUUAACAGACCAGUUAGAGACGCGUUCCAGACACCGUAGCUGCGCUAAGGGACAAAGCCAACUUUCUUAGCGAAACGUCUUCUGCCAAUCCGAGGCUUUCAGAAAAGUUUUCGAGUUCUUUGUACCAGCUUCAACUAAGUGCCUUCGUGCUUUGUUCUUUUCACACUAACACUGACAGUGCGAUGGAAGCGACAUGAUGGCUGUACCAAUCAGCCGUUUUCCCUCGUCUCACGUUGUCGCUUUUCCUCCACGUGGCGGUCAACACGCACCUAUAGCCGGGGUCAGGUUAAGAGUUCACGAGUACGCUCCUUCCACUUUUCACUUUCGCAGGGCUAACGCUUCCUCUCCAGCGUCCGCUCUGCUAAAGUGGAGAGAGGUAGUAGGAGCUUCCCCUGAAGUUAUCACCUGACACCGAUUAUAGAAUAAUCAAAGCCCAUACCAGUAUAGCAUUUCGAAGUCAUCACAGUAAGAUCCAGCGCAUACGCAAAUCAGACAAGAGUACCGCGUCAGCGUUCUGCUUGUACUCGUGUCUUGUUGAAGGACGUUUGGCGUCGGGCUGGGGUCCAGUAGCUGAGUUGGCGCUAUCCGAGUGCGAUGGCGUCAUGUGGAGUAUGUUUGCAGGCUUUGGUUAUCCUAGGUGGUGCUGGUACCGAGAUGGAAAAAGUGAUGUGACGUGGUGCAGUGGGCAAGUGCUGAUAGGUCCAGCAGCAAAUGUUUCUACAAGACUGUUGCGUGAUACACGCUUGAUACCUACAGGGUAUAGAGGUGCCCAGAAGGGCGAGUUGAAGUCGAGACAGACUGCAGGUUCACACGGGAAUGAAACAAGCAGAUGAAGUUAUAAGUGUUCCCACUGGCAGGUGAACUUUUGUACUUUGCUUUGAUGGUGUGCCAAUCAGCUUCACAGGACCCGCUCUUCCCUGCUUCGUGUAACAUUCGAGAUUGUUCAUGUAUCAUGAGGAGGAUGAGAAGAUUAAAGAAAAUACUUAUUGGAGGAAAGAUAAAAAAAGGAAGAUAUUGCACUGGACUCGACGUGGGUACCAAUAUUUUUUUUUUGUAUAUGGGAACAGGGUUUUACAAAUGAGGCUCCACGGUCGACUGCUAGUCGGUGCGACUAGUGGUCAAAAAGGGCAACUUUAGGCAGUACCUGGCGCCCGAACAAUCGGAUACGAGCGUUGCAUCACAGUUUAGCAGGGGCACUCUGAUGCUCGAGAUCGGAAUCAACGGAUGUGGCCGCGGAACACCGCAGAGUUGCGAAAUUGCUACACUGGAUAUUGCUACUUUGUCAAUCCAAACUUGAGGAGCUCGCAUAGUAUCUUGGAUGUCUCCACACGUGCCUUUGUUUCGGGAGAUGUGACUAAAAUAAAAGUGCAUAUUAUAAUUGUUUUCUUUUUUUUUUUUUCAGUAUUUCGCCAAUGUUUCCUUGUUAGUGUGUUUAUGUUAUGUAUAUUAUCAUCUGUAUAUUUUUUUUAUUUUUUACCCCAAUCCACUCUAGAUUGCAACACUCAGCUUACGGCUUCUAUGACUCGUACUGAAAUAAAUUCUGGGUUUCGGAGAGCGCCUUAGCGCCGGCAAUGUAUUGUAAAAAAACGCUAUAUCUUUGCCAUCAUUUCAACUUUACCGAGCCAAGUGUAAAGAAACGGUUUCUGGAACUUCGGUGCCUACUGUUCUUUUCUUGUCGCAAAAAAUGGUUCUUACUUGUUUCUGUACUUAGAAUUAUCGUGAUGGCCGAAUCGCAGUGAUAUUGAAGUACUGCGAACAUGUCAGCUUUUUUAAGCCCGACAAGUUUUCUAUAAAGUUGAUCAAAGCAAGGAGAUAUACAUACUGGCGCGAGAAGUCAGGUCCGGGAAGCAAUCAUACAUGCUUCAUGUUUCUAAUGUAGCUCUGAAAAAGUUGCGUUGGCUGUCGAUCAGAACCCAUGUGCAAAUAAAUCGUUCCUGAAAAAAAAAAAGAUUUUUGCGCAUGUUCAGUAGCCUUCUGUAGGAUAAGGCCCUUGUUUAAAGCUACGAAUUGGUGUACCGCCAACACUCGACUCUAACAUCACGCCGGUGCGAGUUCGGUUUCUGGGCAUGCGCAGUGCUGGUGCGAGCAAACGUAGACUUGUUCGUGAACAUCGUAUUAGUUUGUGGCUGUUUAAGAUUGGGCAUGAGUUCAAACAGGAGUUAAGGUUGAUGACGAUUGAUGUGAAGUCCUCAGCCAGCAAACUUACUUUCUGUUAUUAAAUGAGACGGCGCAAGUACGAGGACUGAGGAUGCGUGACUGAUCGAUCACAUAUUUUUGUCAGUAACGUUGCGCUAUGCUCUUGUGCCCCAUUCAGACGGCCAGCAUAGAGGUGAAUUUUAACAUAGGUUCUUUUUCACCGCGGUGCAAGAUAAUACUCUUCAGGUGAGGACAGCGCGCUCCUCGCGCAGUGCAGAUGAAGUUCGCUUUUCACUCUUUCUCUUUCUCUCUCUCUCUCUCACUAUGGUUUCAAGCGGCGCCGGCAGAUGACUCGUCGACACGUGGGCACUAGAGUUCCUGUAUAGGCUCCCUACGGGAGGCUCCCUACGGGAGCCAGAGUUGCGCAUUUGUUUUCCCCGCGCCGCCACGCCGCUAUUCGCCGAGGUCCAUCACGUGAGGAGGAAAGCAUCCGUUGGCGUGCAAGAAAGCCACCUUUACGGUCGCUCGGCCGACGUUUCUCUUGCCCGGCGUAUGUUUCCCUGCUUUCCGGCUCCUUUUCCUCCUCUCCUUCUUCUUCUUCUAAGCGUUGUGAAAGAUGGUGGGGGGGGGGAGGAGAGGGCCAAUAGUGGUUGCGCACCGGGCGCUUGGUCACUGGCUCUCGGGGGGAGGGGGGUGUGGGGAGAAAGGUUGGGGGUGGAGGGGGGAGAUAGAAAUAGAUUUGUAGAAGGGGAGGGGGGGGGCGGGCAUGUCGGAGUACGCGCGAGGGGGAUUAAUUUAGUUGCAUCGAAUACCGGGUGGCCGGGGAUGGGGGGGCGGGGGGAGUUGGGGGUCCAGCGCUGGAGGCUGGCACGGCGCGGUGUCCGGCGAUCAAGCAAUCGUCCGGGGCGACCACGUCGUGUGGUGGGAGCAUGCGCGGCGGCGCGCGCGGCGCCGCUAUUCGCCAAAUUUAGUCACGUGAGGAGCAAAGCAUCCAGCUCGUGCGGGAAAGCCGGCGCUACGGCCACGCGCCGAGUCUGAAUGCGCAACUCUGCUACCGUAGGUAGCAUAUACAGGAACUCUAGUGGGCACGGCAAAGACGGCUCGUGCCGCCUCAUGCUCCACACGCGCAGAGCUCCAGCGAGGUUGUCGCACGUGGAGAAAGACCACGGUGUACCGGGGUGUCAUGGCAACGAGAUAAUUUUUUUCGCUCUCACACAGUUUCCCCGUUUGGCCGCCGGCGACGCUGUCAGCCGCGGGCACGUAGAGUGCCUUCAUACACACGGCACCCUACGGGCACGGUGGCCGCGGAAUAAUGCAGCCUUUCGGAUGCCCGUCGAACGAACACUAUCUCAUUCCUCGCGCCCCGCGUUCAGCCCCGCCGUGUCCUCACCUAAAGAGUGUAUCUUGCACCGUGCUUUGCACACGGCAAAUCAGCUCGCGAUCACGUGCCACUCGCGGAAGAUCGCGAACUGAUUCGUGGCUGACCAUAAAGGAUCCUUGGCUAAAGAGGCAUUUAUGAUACGUGCGAAUGGGGUGUUUGACUAGUGUGAUGGUUAUGUUGUUACCUCCAUACAGUUAUAGCUGCUGGGUCAUGCUUGGGAUUUUUUUGUGCAGAGAGCACCUCAGGUUUACUAGUCUAACUGAGGUCACUUGCGGCAUGACCCCUUUAGGUACAUAUUGUUUGCUUUGUUAAUUUGUGUACUCCGGUGGGCCUUUCCACUGAAGUGGUGUUGUAAUUUUUUUAUUGUCAAAGACCAGCGAUGUUUGUUGGUCAUUAUAGCUACGUACAGGAUUAAGGUAGACGUAAAAUUGCUGUCUAGUUGUUUGCAAACUUCGUCACAUAUACAUACAAAAUAUAUUAUUGUAAAUUGCAUCAGAGAUCUUUUUAUCGUAGUAUAACGCGAAUGUAAUAUUGAAUGCCAUUUUUUGACGAUCGCGAGGCGUUUAGAGUUCUGUGUUCGCACAUGGUUUGAGUGUGAAUGAGUUUUCUCUGGAAUAUAUCCAGAUUUCUUGCCCGAGGAUAGAGAGAAAUCCCUAAACCAUUUUAUUUGAAUCGCAAUUUCAUAUAUGUCACAUGUAUGUCACAAAUGUAACAUGCAGUCACAAGUGGACUUGCGUGUAAUAAACGAGUCAAAAUGUUCUUGCAUUUGCAUCGCAGCAAAUAAUAAAUCAUUGCAUUAUUUAGAAAACAA